AUGCGGGCCAAUGCGGUGGAUUUAACGGCUAUUUUGCGGGCUUGGCGCGAGAAGUCACCCUCUACCACGGUCAUUAAGACCACGGGUAUUGGUCGCACCAUACGCCGUUUAGCCCAAAGUUCCUCUGUCGAUCCUGGGGUGCGGGCGGAAGCCGCAGCGGUAUACCAACAUUGGCGCGCACAAGUGGAAAAGCGGGUGGAAUUGGAAACCCGUGGUCCUUUGGAAGUAGAGUGCGAUCGACCCACCGCCAAUUGGCGCCAGAGAGCCCGUCAUUUGCUAAAUCAGGCCGUGACCACGGCCGGACAGCCGGAACAAGAUUUGGCCUUGAACUUGGAAAAAGCCGCGUUUGAAUUGUGCCGCCACGUGAUUGGUAACCGAUAUCGCCGUUGUGUACGGAGUAUGGUUUUGAGCUUGCGGAAUGCCCCCUCACCCGUGCCCUUAGAGAAUCGCGCCGCACACCGUGAGUUUGUGCGGACUCAUCUACAGGACUAG